AUGGAUCAUCAAGUUGUAAAUCCUUUAUAUCCAUAUUUGCCAACUAUUGGUGUUGACUUUCGAGCCAAGUUGUUUGUGAUCGGAGACAAUAUCUUUUCAGAAAAGAUACAACUAUGGGAUAGGCAAUCAAAUAGUGCAAAAUUUUUACCAACUUCAUACUUUGUGAAUGCAACAUUUAUAUUUGAAAUGUUUUCUUUAAUGAAUAGAGACACCUUUGAUUCACUGAUUGAAAAAUCUAACCAUUUUAACAAUUUUAAGAACAAAGAAAUGAUAUUACUUGGAACAGGAUCAGAUGAUGUACAACACAGCAGAUGUGUUUCUGUUCGAGAAGCAUCUAAAUUUGCAUUCGAAAAGUUGAAUGGAGCAUUGUAUCAAGAAAUUUCAUUGUGCGAAACUUUUGACGCUAAAUCAAUUCUAUGGUAUGCGUGUCUACUUCAAUAUUGCUUACGAGAGCAAUAA